UUGAAAACAAUGGUAGACUGAAGGAAUAGCAGAGCUCCUUCUGACGUUGACUACUUUUUAGACCUGAUGUGAAGUUUUUAUCGAAAUAUGCGUUUUUAGAACGGCUCCACAGAGCGUUCCAGGGAUGUAUCAAUCAAGUCAGCAUGCAAGGCGGCGGAAGAAAAGAAUUCUUCAAGGCUGCAAAACUGUUACUGUUGUUCGUGGUAAGCUUGGCUACGGUUUUACCAUUUCGGGCCAAAAUCCAUGUAUGCUGAGCUGCAUUGUUCCUGGCAGUCCUGCUGAGCUUGCAGGUCUGAAGCCGGGAGAUCUUCUUUACUUUGUCAAUGGACAGAAUGUGAGCCGUUAUUCUCAUGAUGAUGUUGUUCGCAUGGUGGGCCUUUCUACUGGAGCUUUGGAACUCCAGGUGGCUGAAAAUUGUAACAACUCUGAUUCAUCUGAUGAUGACUAUCCUCCAAGGAGCAAGUCUCGGUAUCCCAAUCGAGUCAGGCCUCGGCAAAAUUUUGUUGACAAAGGAUCAAAAUAUGACUCAAGUAGAGGAGUUUCCAGGCAACAAGAGAGGAAAGACUCUGGUGGCAUACAUCACCAUACAUCAGGAGACAUUGACUCUGACUUGUCAUCUAGUCUGACCUCGCAAGAAGAACCCCCUUGGCCUCAGAGGACUGAUAUGGACUGGCGUGGUAUAAGUCAAGAGAGACUACAGCCUAGGGGCAUGGCAGACCCAAGUGACAGACAGAAUAGUGGCUUUGCCUAUCCUGCCAUGCAUAGCUCAGCAAUAAGAAAAGUUUCGUCAGCUUCUGCAAUUGUAAAGAAAGUUCCGCCAUUAAAGAGCUCUGGUAAAAGUGCCCCUUUGGGCCAUUCCCAAUAUGGUCGGAGAGAAGUUAGACCACAAGCGGUAUCUAAAUCAAGUAUCAAAGCCUUGCCUCAGCAGCAGGUGGCAUCAAAGCGAGAACAGUCACCUGUUGUUGUUCACGAGGAUGAAAUGGAGGAAGAUGAGGAUCUCCCACAAGUGGCUGAGACUGUUAAGGCUGUUGUUGGAUACAUUGGCUCCAUAGAAACGCCAAGUUCACACACUAGACCUCACCAGCGGCUUCAGGCUCUGAGAAAUGCUGUGCGGCGGUUGCGGGUUGAACAGAGGGUCCACACCCUUGUGCUGAUGGAUGUGAAUCCAGAGGGAGUUGUCCUAACAAAUGCAGUGGGCAAACAGCUGGCUUUAUACCCAUGUGAAAGGAUUGCGUUUAGUGGGAUCUGUCCUGAUGACAAGCGGUUCUUCGGUUUGGUCACUCUGAGCUGUUCAGAAGAUGAUGCCAGCAGUUUUGCUGGGGAAGGAGAAAGUGCAAGAUUGCCCAACUCAUCUUGUCAUAUCUUUAUGAUUGAGCCUGAACUUAGCUCGCACAGUGCUCAUGUACACCAUGCUGAAAUGUUUCAAAUUGAAUGCACCACCAAUCCACAGACAAGACGUUGUGAUGAAUUUCCUUCUUCAGCAACAUCCCUCAUUUUGUGCAUAGCCAAUCUUUAUCGUGAUGCGCCACCUAAGAAGUUUGACAAUGAUAUAGUUCAGUCUCAAGUCUUGGCUGACCCAGCACAAGUGGUAGAAAAUAACAGCAAUAGUAGCACCAACGGAAACAACAGUAACAGCGACAGUGGACUCGGAUUUGGAAAAGAGGAGGCGCCGUUAGAACAAAAUGAACAGGUCUGUGUGAUAGAUCUCCCAAACACAGAAAAAGACAACAGCAGUUGCUCAUCAAUGACCAUGGACACCAGUGGGUUGUCAUUUCAGCAGCAACUUUCGCCUGAGUCAAGAAUGUCAGGAACUCCAAGGCCCCCACACUCUACCCAGCGACCUGUGUCAGCCUUCGAUGUGAGAAGAGGUCUCAACAACUCAACAAGUAGUGAAGAAUGGCAGAGCACAAGGUCCAUGAACAGGCUGACUCCUCGUGCCAUGCCAGAUCCUUCCUGCUCAGGAGCAACACCACCUCACCCCGAUUCUCCCAUUGGCCCGAACAGCGCAGAAAGUUUACGGCAGAGCAUGCAGCGUCUGCUACAAGCCAGACACCAGCAGCUGCACGAGCAGAACCGUAUGCUGGGCAGUGAUGGGGAAUCCCAUGCCGGAGACCCUGUCUUGUCUCUGUCUGUGGCUGAAGAUGGUCACGCUGUCUUAGAGACCAAUCCUGUGGGCAAGAUCCAGCAGCCUCUCAAGGAUGGUGUGUUUACUGUUCCAACAAAUCCACCUCCCCAUUCGUCUCAUUAUGGAAGUUCAGCUUCGGGUCGCUCAGCGUUUCAGGUGCCCCGCCCUGUAUCUGCUCCGUUGGGAAAACACAGAGGAGGGCAAGGCCAUCCUGAGACGGUGGAUAUGGAUGCGAUGGAAAAGCUCAGUCCCAGAGCCUUCCCUCACACAUCUCCACCUGCUUCUGUGUUCCGCUCUCCAUCUGCCCCACCAGCCCCUUUCUUUCCUCAUUGUGACACUGAUGAUGAUGAUGAUGACGAUGAUGAUGAGAGUGAAGAUGAUCCGUACAUCCGUCAGAUUCUUGAUGAGUUCAGCAGGGAUCGACAGGCUGCUGCAGAGGAGGACAGUCGCAGGUUUUCAGAGGGAUUUGCCUUAUCAAAGCGGCGGGCUGCGGACCGUGAGGCGUCUGGCAGCGGCAUGGGCGGACACAGCACUUGGAGCAAGGCUGGCUCCUUCAAGCACACGCAGCAGCUCAUGAAGCAGUCGUUUAGUCACAGUCAUGAGUCUCUGGCCGUUGGAGAGGAUCCCAGUCUGAACACCCAGCACAAGCUUAUAGCUGCCAGUGUGAACAACAUCACCGGACAGGCUGGCGGUCAGCGUGUUGGUCAAACAGAUAAGGCUGGCAGAGUGGCCAGCUGGGCUGUUCAUGUGGACAAAUUACUACAGGACCCAGUUGGCAUUGAGAUCUUUUCUGAAUUUUUGAGGAGAGAGUUCAGUGAAGAGAAUAUCCUGUUUUGGAAGGCUUGUGAGCAGUACCGUCAAUUGACUGAUGAUUCUGUGCGCAAAGCUCAGGCCAUGGACGUCUACAAUCGCUUCUUGUCUGCUAAGGCUGAUGAUCCUGUGAAUGUGGAUGGUGCAGCCCGCUCUUACACUGAGAAGUUUCUGGACAACCCCACAGCCAUCAUGUUUGAUGUUGCACAACAACAGAUCUACCAGCUCAUGCGCCAGGACAGUUAUGCCAGAUUCAUCAAGUCCGAUCUGUACAAGAACAAGUUGAUGGAGGAAAUGGAAGGUAGACCAUUGCAAGGCCAGAGUGGAGACAGGCAGCCAGAGGAAAAAGGAGGAAAGAAAAAGGUGAAAGGAAAAGAAAAUGAAGACAAGAGGAGGCGAUCUAUACUUCCUUGGAGACAACACAAGAAAAGUUCGAUGAAGUCCACAUCAGAUCCGGAGCUGAAAGGGUUGGGCAAGAAAAGCAACAAGGAGGAUAAAGAAAAAGACAAAGACAAAGACAAAGACAAAGACUCCAGCUCCAGCCACAAUGUCAGCCUGGCCAGUGGCAGCAGUAAUGGAGUUGUCACCGUCACCACCAGUGUCAACAACAAUGGCAGCAACAAUAACAACAACCUUGUCAUGAAUCUGAAGAAAGCUCCAGGGCCUGGCAUUGACCUUAGCACCAUGAGAAAAGAAGUUUUCCAUCCGAAAGAGACCAGCAGAGAUGCCCCAGCAUCACACUUCAAAUUCUGUCGAAUUAUCAUGCCGGACGGUUCAUCCACGGUGGUGUGCGCUAAACCAGGCCAGACUUCUCGCUCGGUCCUGACCAAGCUGUGUGAGAAACGCUCUGUCUCCCUGGCUUCAACAGAUGUCUUCAUCUUAGGAACGGAAACGCCCUUGGACCUCGGCGAGGACAUCUCUACCCUGGGCUCAAAGGAAAUUUUGAUAGAGAGGAGAGUGCUCUUUCGUUUAGACCUGCCCAGUGGCAAGUCCAUAGGGGUGAAGGCCAAGCCCAACAGAAGUAUUAGAGAUGUGUUCAAGCCCAUUUUACAGAAAUAUGGACAUCGUAUAGAGAACAUCACUAUUCACUUGAUGGACUCUGUCCAGCCACUGGACCUUGAGCUGCAGGUUUCUGAGCUGGACAACAAGCGAGCUGUGGUAGUGGAAGAUGGUGCUGUCACAGAGGUCUCCAAGCCAGGUGGCCCGCUACGCUCGGCCCGUACCCCACGGGCCUCGUCAGCUGCUGGCCGGGCAAAGGGGGGCCACCCUGCAUCUAGCAGGGGCUCCCUGGAGGAGAUAACCAAUCAAAUAUUUGAGGACUUAAUGAGAGGGAAAAGCCAGGUGGCCCAUGGCUUUGACGAGCUUGGGGUUCUGGAAUUAGACAAAAGCAAGGGUCACAAAAACGAAGAGGUGCGUUCUUCGGGCUUAUUCGCCCUUCUGAGAAGAGAGUCAGUGGGGCAAAAAGACAACCGCAAGGGCAACAAGACGAAGAGCAAGGUUACGUUUACUCUGCCCAGUAGCGAGAAUCGGAGGACAAGUAGCAGUGUUGAAGAGGAUGAACGGUUGUUUGAGAUGCUGUCUAAUGCUCAGAGGAUGCGACUGGAGGAGCAGCGGGGUGUCCACAUCUCUACAGGUGACCUGCCCUCAUUUCUGUGCCAGGACCACCGGGACAAUGAACGCCACAUGGACGCAGUGGAGGAGGUUUUCCUUCAUGGAUCUGGCACAUCGCACCCAAAUGUUUCCAGCAUUAUUGACAGUGCAGAUAGAAAGUCUAAAGUGGACGUUGUUGAUGGGAGCCGGCCUUCCUCCACGUCUUCUUUGCCUACUAAACCUGAUCAGAGCUUGGUCACGCCCAUUGACAGCAAAAAGACACGCCCCCUCAGUACACCAGCUUCUGAUAAGUGGAAAGGUCACCCUGACCGUGGAUUUAGUCAGAACGGUAUCAUUCCAUCUCCUAGGGUAGCUACGGAGCUCUUCAGAAUGUCUCCUGUGGUGGUAGACGCUAAGAACAACACAGUGGCACAGUCCCAUGACGCUACAACCUCCAUGGCUCGGCAUCCCUCUACAGCCCAGUCUUUUGAUAACACAGAGACUUCCCAGAGAAGGACAGACAGCAGUAGACUAGCAGGCAACUUGGCCUGUCACUUCUCUGAUUCCCAUUCAUUUCGCCCACUGCACAGAUAUGGCAAUGCAGUCAAAGCUCCUGUUGUAUCGCCAGAAAAGUUUUCUCCUGAGAGCAAGAAGUUGAGGAGCAGUCCAGAUACUCAGAACAUUUUGUUACCCAACAAAGUCUCUCCUAACACUCGGUCGUCUUCAACAUCUUCUAGUGUGUCUUCGGGGAACAAUCAGAACUCCAGGGUGUCACCCAAUGUUGGGACUUCCCCUAGUGCAGUGUCGUCAGCACCACAGGGAAAAACUGUCCACCGUCUUUCAGACACAAUGCUGGUGCAAAAACUACAGCAAGCAUGGAAGGAGAAGGAGAACAGACAGGUGGGUUCUGUCAACCAAAGGAACCAAGAGUCUGGUGCUUUUCAGAAUGGUAAAGGUAUUCAUAUGAGAAAAUCUGUGUCGGAAGUUGAAGGGCAAUUGUUCACCAAAGUGCAAGCUAGUGCUAGGAGGGCUGGUCCCAACGGUGCGGCUGCUCCGCAGUACAAUGACUUAGCACAAAGAGCGCUUCUUUCUCCAAGAUUUGACCAAAGCUCUCCGCAGCAAAGACAUUUUGCUCAAGUGUCUGGACGUACAUCUCCCUCUCAGGGUGCCACAGCACGAGCAGUCCUGUCACCUCGUCAGCAACAUCAUCCUAUGGCAAAGCAUUCAGACUCCACACCGCAGCGAUCUAGUAGGACUUCACCUCGGAUGUCGCCCACAGCUGUCGCCGCUCAGAUGGCGUUGAUCUCUCCUAGAUACUCUAUGGUCACCACAAGUGCUACGUUGGCUGGACCGACACAGACACUUUCAUCGUUUGCUCCGCCUACUGUCAGCCACAGAGAUCCCCCAAUUGUUGCUGGGACUCCAAGAAAUGGGGGUCCCUCCCCCCACAUUCACAACCACCACCCUCCCUACAGAGCACCUCCUGCCUAUGCUGGUGGGGAGGCUGCUGAGGAAACUGUGACUUUUGUAUGACCUUGCUCUAGACACAUUAUUAUAUUGCAAUUGCUAGACUUGAUGGGAUAGCUCUCCCAGAUGUAAAAAUGUAAAAAUUAUCAAUUUUCUACCAAAUGCUUUUAAGAACUUACAACGAUCCCUUAGACAUCGUCUAUGGAAGGAGUAUAUUUUUUAAACUUUGUAUGGGAUUGGCUUGAAGAAGAGUAUGAUUGUUGUAAAUAUUUUUUUUCUUGAGAUGCUGCAAGAAAUAGUAGAAACACAGCGUAAGGACUGAUACAGUUACGCUUCAUAAAAUCUUUUUAGCGACAGGUUUUUAAAAAAAAAGCAAGCUUUACAUCUCUAUUUUUAUGAUUUUUCUUUUUUAAACAGUGAAACAGUUUUAUACUUAUUUUAUCAGACUGUUAUAUUUCAGGACCAAGGAUGAAAGGAUUUUGGCAAGUUCUGUUUUUUGUAACAUUGUUGUCGAUAGUAAGUUUCUAAUGGACAGUCUUGUUUUGCUUACGUGAACCAUAAUCUCAUUCUCUGAACAUUUUUACAUUUUUAGAUUAUGAAUUAUUAUCACCAAAUGAGUUGUGCUGAGUCCCAAUUUUAAGCACAUUUUGUAAAAUACAGCUUUAUUGUGCAGCUUUUUUAAGCAGACUCCUGUCUCAGUAUAUCUGGUCCUUUGCUUGAUGCUACAGAUGAAAUAUCAGUGCCCAGAGCUGGUGUCUAAUGAACAGUCGUUUCAGCAUCUUUCUUCCUAUAAUGGUUGUAUCACUGAUUGACACUUACAGUAGACGGUUUUUGAAAAAUAUUUUAUAUUGAAGUGCAUUUUUAACUUACGUCUUUUGUGUUGUCUCUUAUUUUUCAGCAAAUUUCUGUGUCCCUUGUUGGGUGUAAUUAUUUAUCUAAUUGAUGGCCAUGGGAGUUGAUAUUUCAUGUAUAUAUUGAAACUUUAAAAAUGUGUUAUUCACAUAUACAGAUAUUUAUAUAUUUUUAAAAUAGUCACUUUUUCUCUUCAAGUUAUUACUUCUGUCCCACCAUG